AUGGGGGUUGACUUGAAACGCCUAAGCGAGCUGUUCACGGUGAGAUUUGAGAAGGAAUACCGGACAUAUGGGGAAUACUUUGGAGAUAUUAUACACCUUUCCAAGGAUUCGGGGCUUGAAGAGAUGUUUUGCAAGUAUGAGAAGAACAUUUUGAAUGAGGAAGAUAUUCUGGGAUAUAUCACAAGCAGUAGUCCCAGUAAUCUGAAGCAUUUUAGCAGGAUUUAUGAAUAUGAAAAGGGCUUUUGCAAGAGGACGGCGGUGUUGCUGCUGAAGAAGAGAUAUGAGGAGGAGGAAUAUGACAAGAACGCAAUCUUCCAAUGCAUUAGAAAGCUGUCCCACUACCUUGAGUUUAAGUUUGUGAAAGAUAUUUGUGACGAUGAAUGUCUGGCGUUUAUUAUCGGGGAGUACGCUCGGAAGCAUGAGUUUGACGAGUCAUUUCUAGACGAGAUUGCAAAUUUCUUGCCAUCAGUGUUCCUGGGAUACACACAGUUGAACGGUCUUUUGCUUGAUUCCUUCGAGAGAUCAUUUGAGAAAGUAAUAAGAAAAAGCUUGGAGAUUCUUUGGGUUGUCGAUUGUUCGAAUAAGAGAGUGGCCCGGGCCAUUUCAAGGAGCAUGGAGAAGAAAAGGAUCUUUGAAUAUCUUGCAAGUAACAACUUGGUUGGGGAGGACCGGCUAGGAGAGAUGAUGAGUGUUGUUGGGAGUGUUAAUGCCCAGAUGUUUCUUAGCGAUGGGGUUUUUGGGAGGCUUGAAGAGGAGAGAGCAGUGAAGUAUCUCGAUGGUGUUUCUGUUGAGGAUGUUAUUGAGAUUGGAAUACUUGGAUGUGAAUGCCGAAGAUUGUAUAAGAUUCUUCCACGGGUAUUUGAGAAGAGGAAGGAGAGUUUUAUGAAAGAUGGAAGGAUUGUCAAUGUUCUGCUCCUUAUGGUUUACUACAAUUCCAAAAUAAGAUUUGGAGACACACUCGGACUUCUAGGGCCUUCUCUAGAGAGAGAGUUCCUAGAAUACAGGGAGAAAGAAAUACGGAAGAUUGUUGUGGAUGUUGACAAAGACAGUGGAGAGAUAAAUGAGAAGGAGGAAUGCUCUUCAGAUUCUCUGGGAUUCUUUUCUGAAGGAAAUGAGUUCCGAUUUGUCAGGGAAGGAAAGGCUGGGAAAAGAGAUAUCUUGGAAUACUUGAAGGAAAUAUGGAAGGAGGAAGGAGACUUUAUUAAGAAUGUUAGGAGGAAGCUAGGAUUUGGAUGUUUUCUUGGCAACCCUUCAAAACCUACCUUUGACCAACUGUUGGAACUUCCAAACUACUACUUUGUGGAAUCCCUCAAAAGAUAUAGGAAUGAGUUUCUGGACUUGCUAUUGGAGUUCCAUGAGAUAGUGGUUCCAACCAGCCGAAGAAGGAGUUUGAUUGGAAAGAAAAUUAUAUCCAGUGGAUACAAGGGGCUCUUUAUCAGAUAUCUCAUAAGAAGGAAUAAGUACUUUAAGGUUGAGGUUGAGCUUAGCAUGUGGUUGAAAGAGAUGUCACCCGAGUACAAAAUCAAGUAUUUUUGUGAUUAUCCGAUGGCUCUGAUUGGAAGGGAGAGCCAGGUGCUCGAGGGUCUAGGAAGCAACAUCUAUAUGUUAUAUCCUGUUGUCUUAGAGUUGGAAAGAAGAAGCGUAGCACAGGAAGUGAUUGAUCAGAUCAAAAAGCACAUGAUUGGGGCGGGCAGCUUUGGCAAAAAGAAAUGCGAAGAAGCCAGUAGGUUAGAGGAAGUCAAGAAGAUAAAGGAAGAAGAGUCUACCAAAGGUAGAGAAAGCAGAAAAGAAAGCGUUCUGGAAAAGAAAGCAAAUGAAUGGGAAGAACAGACAAAGAGAACAAGAAUGGAGGGCAAAGAGAAAGAAGAGAACAUUUAUGACGACAAGUAUCCCAUUGAGAAGAUCGACCAUGUUCUUUUCAAGAAGAGAAUAGGAUUUAUAUGCAACGAGAUAAACAAGAGGAUUUUGAAUGGGAACGGGCUUCAGAGAGCAGGAAGGGUUACCUCGAUACUGGUUCGGGACAGAGAAAUGCUUGAAAGGAUCCAGUCGAUCCUGAAUGGGGUGAAUAGAUUUGGAAAGGAUCUUACAAACUUUGUAAGGUUCCUUGCAUUUUUCCUCUCUUAUUGCAGAAUGGAAGUAGAUAUGUUGGACACAACUCUUAAGACUUUGAAGAGGUACAUCUCUGAAGAAGAGGAUGAUUCUGUUUUGUAUUUUGUGUUUAUGAAGAUACGAUUGGAGCAAGUGGAAAAGUUGGUGGUGGAAUUCAAGGAAAACAGCUUUGGAGUUAUUCACAAGGCGAUGUGCGAUCGAAUCCAGGGGGUCAAAGAAGGAGAGGCUAGAAACAUGGUGGAAGGCUGUGUGACAGUUAGUACUAAUGUUGUUCCUGGAGCAACCAAGAAAAAAAGAGGAGGAGGAAUAGGGCCCGACACAGUUGAAAUCUGGGACUACAAAGGACAGACGGAGAGGAUCCAGAAGAUUGUUAUGGCAUUUCUAUCUUCGGGAGACGAAAGCAUGCAGUACUUGGGCCUGGAGGGCUUGAAGGCAUUGGGACAAAGAGUGGAUGUGGAAAAGUUUCUUGAUUCGAAAAGCGAUCGGGUUGUUGAAACUGCAUUGAGUAUGGCAAUAGAAAGAGGAAUCACAUGCGACGUUAAUGAAAAACUUAUGAAAAUACUCUACAGAAGGGGGAGACUAGACAGUCUUGGGAAGAUGUGUCUCAGAGCUGUGAAUAUAGACGCCUUGGAGAAAGAGGAUGUUGACAGGAUCUACGAGAUGUUCUUCAUCGAUCCAAAAAGUUACCUAGAGAUCUUGCCAAGAAUUUUAGAGAGAGGCUACGAACUAUCCGAAGAUAUAGCAGUGGAGCUGACAAGGUUAUUGGGGAGUAGCCAAUGCGAUGAAGUUCUUGGGAAUUCGAUGAAGGCCCUGAAGAAUGUUGAGUACACAGCAGAGAUGGCUUUUGAAGGAAUCCUUGCGCUUGAAAAUGCCAAGUUUACUCCAAAAAUGUUUCUGGUGGAGAAGAUAUGGAGGUCUCCGUCCAAUCUUAGUACACGGGGGUUUCUCAGGCUAUGUGUUUGUGUGUGCAAUGAGGAAAACUAUGCUGUACUAAAAGGACUCCUACAGAUACUAAAGAAAGGAGGUGUUCAUGCAGACAUUGUUGAAAAGUGGAAGAAAAACAAGUCGUUAGAUAGAUUAAUGGCGAGAAUAUAUCCUCUAUGCUUGAAAGACAAGAUAUAUUAUCGAGAUAUCCUAGACAGUAUGAAGAAAGAUGCAGAGGAGUGGAAAUUUAUCAAUGAAUUCUAUAGAGAUGAGCUUGAGGCUGCAAGGCUUGUGGAUAAGCAUCUGUCAGAAAGCUAG